GUGACAGAGGCUGAAUGUCCUGGUUUGCACUUAGUCCAGUCCUCCUCCUGCUCCUCUGCUCCUGCUGGUCUGUCUCUGUCUCUUCUCCUUUCUCUUUUCUCAGACAGUCUGCAGUUUACAGCAGGAGGAAGAGGGGGAGGACGAAGACACCGGAGAGGAAGAAGAACGAACCGGGAAAUGAGUGAGAAACGGGAGACGAAGAGGACGGAGAGGGAAGGAAGUGAUGAAGGAUUGGAGAUGAGGAGUGAAAGAUGAGAAUAAGAAUUGGGGGGGGGGGGCAUAGGGGGGGUAGAAGGUGUACAGACAGAGGAAUGCAGAAACGCACAGACGGAGACACCGCUCCUGCAGAAGAGGAUGUUGGCUUCUACUAAAUGUACAUCAGUGAUGGAGAGGUGUGUCAUUUUCUGGAGCAACAACAGCUGAAGACAUGGAGGGAAAAUCAACUACCUUAGAGAGACCCAUCCGACAGUCUCAGACGCUGUGUGCUGGUGAACAGGAGUACAUUCAUCAGAGGAAACAAGUGGUUCUGGAGUCACUCAACAGACUGGGAAUCAACUGUACUGUAGACUUGGUGCCCCACAUUGCUCUGCUGGCAUCUGGGGGGGGUCAGCGGGCCGCUGUGGGGCUGGUGGGCUCCCUCCAUCAGAUGGAGAAAGACGGUCUGCUAGAUGCUGUGCUCUACCUUGGAGGAGUUUCUGGCUCAACAUGGUCCAUGGCGCCCUUGUACAGUGACCCCGAGUGGAGUGUCAACAUGGACAGAGCUGUGUCCAUACUGUCCGGUCCUGGGGUCCAGUUGGAGGAUGCUCUGGCCUGGCUUGGUCGUACAGCUCAGGAGGACAACUUUUCCCUUACUGAUAUCUGGGGGGUGAUGACGGCCGCUGGGAUAAUGAAACAGAUGGACCUACGGAGACUUUCAGAUGAGGCCGGCAGAAAUGCAACAAACCCAUAUCCUAUCUACUGUGCCAUAGAGAAGUACUGUUUUUCCAAUGGGCCCACAGAGGGAAAAUGGUUCGAGGUGAGUCCUCAUGAGGCUGGUUUUACAGAGUUGGGUCUCUUUGUUGAAACUUCUCUGCUGGGAAGCAAAUUCCACAAUGGAACCAUGUUGGAGAAGAAGCCAGAGAUGGACAUGGUCAGACUACAGGGUAUUCUAGGUUGUGCGUUGGCUGAUGAGGAAAUCGCCCAGGAGUAUAUCCCUCCCUGGAUCUUUGCGCCUGGCUACAUGGACAGUGGUGCUGAAGAAUACCUCCGUGCAUACAUUGUCCUUGAUAAGUUUGUGGCCCUCACCAGAAGCACCAUUACAGACCCUGCUGCACUGGCUGAUCUGGACGGACUACAGAAAAUACUUCAAGACAAAGUAAAUCACAAUGUGUCUGCAUUGCUUGAGUCAAAAAGUCCAGAAGAGAGAAAACAGUUCUUUGCUCAGCGGACGAUGGAGCUGCUGAAUGCGGUGGAGAUGUGGAGUCAAAGUCUGCAGGAUGGACCUUUUAAAACUCAUGUCUCUCUGCUCACUAAGCAAAUCAUUCCCCUGAUUGUAAAAUGGGAAUGGGGAACAACCAGAAACUUCCUCUAUCAAUAUGAAGAUUCCAUCAUUCCACCUUGCCUUCAUUCAUCUGAAAGUUUUCACCUGAUGGAUGCCGGACUGCUGAUUAAUGUCGCCUACCCCUCAUUUCUGGGAGACAAGAGAGACAUCGACCUCAUUAUUGCACCAGAAUACAGCGCCGGAGACAUGUUUGAGACUCUGACUCUUGCCAGAAACUAUGCAGCCGAGGUGAAGAAGCCUUUCCCAGAGAUAGAUGAUGAAAUCCUGGAAGAUAAAGACUGGCCAAAAGACUGCUACGUCUUUGAGGGAAAAGACAAGGAACCCACCAUUGUCUUCAUGCCGCUGUUCAACAGAGGGAACUGCAAAGAUGCACAAGAGUAUAAAGCAAAGAUGGAGGAGUACUCCACCUUCCAGCGUCCCUUCAGCCUGGAAAAGAUUAAGUUUUUGUUGGAGACAGCGAAAGCCAACAUGGAGAACAACAAAGAGAUUCUGCUGAGAGAGAUGAACAAGGCAGCUCUGCGCCGACAGAACAAGAACCAGGGCUGAAAGAAUCCAUUCAUCUUGUCCGAAUCCACUUUGGUCUGGUGUGAACCAGCGGCUCUAUCAUGAACCACUUAUUCACAGAAAGACCCAGUUGGAAGAGGAUUAAACAUUAUAAACACCGGUGUUAGCUUUAUUCUACUUUAUCUAACGUACAUGAUGAAAAGUAAACCUUUGUUUA